UUCGCGGCGCGGGCGGGCGGGCGGCAGGGCGGGCGCGGGAGUCACCGCCGGGAGAGCCCCGCUCCCGCCGUCCCCACCCGCGUCGCCCCGUCGUCCGCCUGGAGGCCGGCCCGGAGCCGCAGGGCGCGGACCCCGCUGCCUCCCUCCUGCGGUGCCGGCGGGCCUGUUGCACUUGGCGUAGUCUCGGACCGUUCGGGCCUUGAGCACAGGGGUCCUUGGAGUGGCUGGGGCGGUGAGCGCCGGGCGCUGUCACCUCGCGGGGAGCAGCAGCUCCGCACGAAGUAGCCGGUUCUGCGCCGUGUCCCCUCCCUGAGUCAGUCGGCUGGGCCCCCGCGUCCUACGACGCCCUCGCUGGCUCCCCUCCGCGCUGGGGCUUCCAGGGUUCAGGUCCUCACCUGGGACCGCGUCUCUCCUCCGGGGACAGCCGCAUAUUCUUGGGCGCAGAGCAUCCUUGGGCUGCUUCUUCCUGGCUGGCGAAGAUCCCGGAGCUUCCCCUGAGCAGAAGCAGCAGCUCGUGCCCGAGUGCUUGUGGGACUGGAGCCGGCAUAACUGGCCAAAAACCCGUUUGAAGGUUAUGGACGAUAAGCCCGACCCUGGAACCCUGAGUGAGAAUUCGGAAGUUCUCUUCUCCUUUGGGGUGAUAGCAGAUAUCCAAUACGCUGAUUUAGAAGAUGGUUAUAACUUCCAAGGAAACAGACGAAGAUACUACAGACACAGUCUGUUUCACUUACGGGGUGCUAUCGAGCACUGGAACGGGGAGGGCAGCCCGCCCCGCUGCGUGCUUCAGCUUGGAGAUAUCAUUGACGGGUAUAACGCACAGUACAAAGUGUCUGAAAAGUCGCUUGAACUUGUUAUGAACACGUUCCAGAUGCUUAAAGUCCCCGUUCAUCACACGUGGGGGAACCACGAGUUCUAUAACUUCAGCAGAAACUACCUAACAAAUUCUAAACUUAACACAAAGUUUCUAGAAGACCAGAUUGUGCACCAUCCCGAGACUGUGCCUUCGGAGGAUUACUAUGCUUAUCACUUUGUCCCGUUCCCUCAAUUCCGGUUCAUUUUACUGGAUGCUUACGACUUGAGCGUCUUAGGUGUGGAUCAGUCCUCUCCAAAAUACCAGCAGUGUCUGAAGAUACUGAGGGAGCACAAUCCAAAUUCGGAGUUGAAUAGUCCGCAAGGACUUUCUGAGCCCCAGUUUGUCCAGUUUAAUGGAGGAUUCAGCCAAGAGCAGCUGAACUGGUUGAAUGAAGUUCUUACGUUCUCUGACACAAACCAGGAAAAGGUGGUGAUUGUGAGCCAUCUUCCCAUUUACCCAGAGGCCUCUGACAGUGUGUGCCUGGCCUGGAAUUACAGAGAUGCCCUGGCAGUCAUUUGGUCUCACAAGUGUGUGGUGUGUUUCUUCGCUGGUCACACUCACGAUGGUGGCUACUCUGAGGAUCCUUUUGGUGUGCACCACAUCAACCUAGAAGGGGUUAUUGAAACGGCUCCGGACAGCCAGGCUUUUGGCACCGUUUAUGUCUACCCUGACAAAAUGAUGUUGAAAGGGAGAGGCCGAGUUCCAGACAGAAUUAUGAAUUAUAAGAAGGAAAACGCUUUCCAGCUUUAGUCCCAUUUAUCUUGUUUACCGUUCUAGAGAGUGGUGGUUGAGCGUUGUGUUUUUAUUUACGCCGCCCCCCCCCCCCCCCCCCCCCCCCCCCCCCGCCAAAUCCUCAGGCUCAUUGUGUAGUAUUCUAUUUGCAUAACAAAAUGUAUUUAUGGCCUCAGUGUGGGUUAGCUCAUGCGAUACUCUGAAAUGUCAUUUUUGGAUAAUCUAUCCAGUGCUGAGGAUUGGAAACAAAAUGAAUGAAAAAUGAAAGCAGCCUGAAUCAGCCAGGGAGGAGACAGAACGGGGUGGUAUAGUUCUCAAAACUGACUUCAUUUAGCCUUAUCUGACAUUUUUUUACUUUUUACAAGGAGGAUGUAUUCAUGUAUUAACUAUGUAACUUAAAAUUCGUAAUAAAAAAAUAAAAUCAGCUCAGGUAAA